UUUUGAUGUUUUGCAGAAGUUUGACUCAGCAUGUGUUCUGAAUAUUUUGUGUUUGUGACAGCAUUUGGGUGUCUUUGCAUUUUCAUUUGCAUUUUCAGCGUUACGAGCAACAGAAAAGUGUGUGGAGUAGUCAAUGGAAAAUGCAAACCUAAGCCAGCUGACUGUAGUGUCCUUGGGUCUGGAUUUGAAGCUUAUUCACCAGGAAACUGCUGUAGCAGGACAAAGUGUUGUGCACCAUGUAACGCUGCAUGUACAUACGAAUAUGGCGGGAAUUGUGUACUUGAGAGUGAAUGCAAUAUGAUUAGAAACAGCAGCCUGUGUACAUCAUGUGAUGGUUUAAUAUGCUGCAUACCGACUCCUGUAACGAUAUCUCAGUGGACUGGGACUUACAAUGAGGACGGUAAAGAUGUAGCAUUAAGUUUUACUCUUACGUUCAAUGGAAGUAGCAUAACAGGACAAGAUUCCGAGGGAAAUGGAGCUUUAACACUCGAUGGUACUAUAGUAUUUUUUCCUGGUUUUAUUCGUGUUGAGUUUACAACGACUUCCACAGUCAGCGGUACAGAGGUUGGAUAUUCUGGACGUUUAAUUAAUGAUGGGCAGACUAUAUCAGGCAGGUGGGGAAGUGGACAGAAAAACGGCGCGUUUAGCCUGCAUCGUGUGCAAUGAUUAAAAAAACAAAGCUAUGGCAGUAUCCUAAGCGCAAAUAAUACAAUAACGACUCGUUAUUUCGAAGAUUAUUUUUUUUA